AUGGCUCCUCAACUUCGAUCUCGCACUCGUGCUGCUACUCAAGGAUCCUCUCGCCCUUCAACCCCUCUCGAUGCGCCGCAAAACAAUACUACUGCUGCCGGCUCCGAGAACUCCCGUCCUAAAAAACAGCGUAAAACAGGCGCAAACACAAGUGUCCCCGUUGACUCCGAAGAGCCAACACGGCAGAGGCAGAGAAAGACCAGAGUUGGCCCUUCACAGGCCGAUCAAGAAUCUACACAGCAGCAAGCCUCCCAGGAUGCCGCGCCCCAGCAGCCUGCCCUUCGCAACAUUAUAAUCCCUCCCCUCCAUGAACGAAACGGACCUCCCUGCCAGGAAAAUAACUGGUACUUGCCAAAGUCAACCUGGAAAGAACCUCCAGAGGCCAAGCUGAGACCUAGCUUUGUGGACGCUGGAUGGCAGCGUGGUGGCAUCUUCCAGAGUCAAUUCGCACUUGGUGCCCGUCCCACACGCUCCAACCUCAAAAUUGCAAAACUGCUCGAGGAUGAAGAACCCGUCAGUACCCCGAAGCCAGCCCCAAAACCAGCUCCAAAGAAGAAACCCAAGUCAAAGCGAGGCCGAGUUGCGAAGUCGAGAUGGUCGAGAAAGAAAUCGAAGAAAUCUACCAACACAACCAAAUCAGCCAAAGCCGCUCAAGCCGUCGAGCAGGCUAUCAACGAGUCGACAGCUGCUUCCACAUCUGCUCAAGAAUCAACGACACCAGAAGACACACCCACCCACCAAGCCGAUGAAAAUAUUACCGGAGAUAAUGAGCAUGAUGCCCGACAGACUCGUUCGGCAUCCGGCAGCAAUCUUGACACCAACGGUGCUGAGCCAGUCAAUUCAUCGACGGCGCCGUCCAUCCCGGUCGAUCUCAAAUGCAGCCGAGAGAGAUUUAACGAAGUCCUCGGGUCAGCUAUCUCGCGAGCUGAGGCGUCUCAGGACACCAAAGUCGCGGAGGGACUUCGUUGGAUGCUGGAUGCCUCAGGCACAGAUCCAUUUCUCUUGAAGAUCAUGGACAAUGUUGUCGCCGAGCCAACUACCGACAACAUGUCCGUGUUUCAAACUGCACUGCGGGAUGCCGUCAAGAAAGCUAAAGCCGAAAAACCCGCCGCCACCACCGCCGCCGCCGCUCUGGGACGUGAAGAUUCAACAUCUUCACUCUCGACCGCCAAGUCUUUGGAGGCUGAAGCCUUGGCCGCUGCAAGUUCAGAGCCAGCUGAUGUUCCGGUUCCAGUAUCAGAGGAGGUGGCGCAAGCCGCCGAAUCCGAGAAUGUGGGGUCGGAACAGGCUGCAUCAACAGGUUCCGGGGUGGCUCCCGUUCUCAGCGGCCGCGGCCGCAAGAGAAGACCCGAAGAUCCUGAGCUUGUGGCACUUGCAGCCAAGAAGAGUAAGCUUCUGAAGGAGGAGUUCCCCGGAUAUCAUGUCCGCGAAAGCGACGUCCGGACUCAAAUUGUACCACAGCCUCAGCCUCCCCGGCGGGUUGUGCGUCUCCCUGAGGACGACGAUGUCAUUUCUGUGGGGUCUGAUGAAACUCGCAGAUCGCGUGCGCAUGCGGAAGAGGUCGAUAACAUCGAUUUCUGCCGUGUGUGCAACGGUACAGGCAACCUCUUGUGUUGUGACGGGUGCGUGGAUUCAUUCCAUUUCGGCUGCCUCAACCCGCCUCUGGAUGCCAAUUUCCCGCCGGCAGGUCGGUGGUUCUGCACCACCUGCGAAGAAAAGGGUCCUGGGGCGGUGUUUGAAGCGGCGAUGGGAUCCAUUCCCCGCGCACGCUACGAGGUGCCGACCGAGAUCCGCGAGGAGUUCGCAGAGGUACACACCGCACCAGACGGAUCGUACCAACUUCUUCGGGAGGAGAGACUUCCACCGACAGUGACUGAGGGAGUCAGCGAGCUCAAUCCUAAGCAAAAGGAGGAGCGCCGCCCCGAGGUCUUUGUCGAGCGGGAUGCCAAAGGGAAGCUAAUUUUCUGCGCGAAAUGCCACCGAGCCAACCUGGACGGUGAGCGACAAAUCAUGAAGUGCGAUCAUUGCUCCCUGUACUGGCAUCUCGACUGCCUGGAUGAGAAUUACACACAUCCCCCCCUGCAAUUCAGCGGGAGCAGCAAUCCACGGCAUUACUGGAAGUGUCCCAACCACCUGGACAACAUGCUCCACGCACUCGGUGGUGUUCGACUUCGUCGACGCCGCCGCCACCAUGAGCAUGAGGAUCUUGAGCUUCUCCCGCCAAGCUACGAGAUCGACAAUUUCCAUGAACAAGAGUUUUAUGGAAAGAGUUACCGGGUGAGCGAGCGCGGCCUCAUCCAAAAUUUCAUUCAGCAUGUCAAACGGGAAUACGCUGAGGACAAAGCGCUCAAAGCCAUGAAGGCAGCCGAGGAACAAGCCCGGGCCCUACUGGUCCCCGCUGGGGGGACACCCGGAUCCUCGAGCGAGGUUGCCAAUGCAGAUUCUGUGUUGGCCAAUCUUCGUCCCGAAGAGCGCGAGGGUGCCAUGGCCCUUCUGGUAAUGGCAGAACCUCAACCAGCUUCUAGCCGGGUAGGGCAGCUGGUGUCUCAGCUUGUUGCGGACUCGCCGGAGACGAUCCGCAACGCGACAAGUGAGGUUGACCUCCUUCAAUCUCUCCAAGGUCUGAUCAGCCAGCGCCUCUGUGAACUGGCUGCGACUUCGUCGACUGAUGUUACCAACUAA